AUGCAGUGCGACGAGCUCUCAGCCAGAGAGGAGUUCACCUACAGCCACAUGCCCAUUCUGGAGAGGGGCGAUGGGACGCUGGGACGACGGAGCGACAGGGGAACAGAGAGAAGGCCAGACAGGGGGGAGCGGUAUAGGCCCGAGCGGGACAGCUACACAGUGGACGUGAGAGCCAGUGACCUGCAGCUGGCCCAGCCGGAGCCUCUAAAGCACCCCUGCUUCAGCUACAGGGCCUGGCUCUACAGUGUCCUCAUAGGGGGCAGUCUGCUCAUCACAUCUGGUUUUUCUCUGUACCUGGGCAAUGUGUUUCCUUUUGCAAUGGACUACUUACGCUGUGCUGCAGGCUCUGGCCUCCCUGCAGCAAUCGCCAGUUUUGCCAUUGCCAAGAACCGACAUGUUGCAGUGUCAGACUUCCAGGUGGUCUACGUGUCAACCUUUGCCGUGACGACCACCUGCCUGGUUUGGUUUGGAUGCAAACUGGUCCUUAACCCUUCUGCUGUCAAUAUCAACUUUAACCUCAUUCUGAUGAUUUUGCUGGAGGUGUUAAUGGCCAGUACUGUCAUCCUGUCAGCCCGCUCUGCAGAAGACUGCUGCUGCCACAGGAAGUGUGUAUCUGUGGUUCUAAAGCCUGCAGUGUUCCCCACUCGGCUCCUUAAAGCGUAUUCUGUAAUUGAAGUCAUUGUGGGAAUUUCUGCUGUAUUCGGAGGAAUUAUUGCACUCAACAUGGAUGCUUUACUACCUGGCCCCUACUUGUCUGUCACAUUUUUCUGGAUUCUUGUGGCUUGUUUCCCGAGUGCUAUUGCCAGUCAUGUUGUGUCAGAAUACCCCAACAAAUGUCUGGUGGAGGUGCUGAUUGCCAUCAGCAGCGUGACGUCUCCCCUGCUCUUUUCAGCCUCUGGCUUCCUUUCUUGCAGCGUGAUCAGAUUUAUUGAAAUUUUCCUACAUGAUGUGCCUACAGCCAAGCAAUCCUACGACAUCCUGCUGCUGAUUCUGAUGGUGCUGCUGCUGGUGCAGGCAAUUCUAACUUCAGCCACUGUGGUGCACUGUGCCUCCUACAAGAGUCAGCUCCGCAUGGGGGCUCCAGAGUGUGACCACAGCAUGCACACCCCGACUCAUUACUGUGAGCAGCAAGCAGCCAAUGGAACGCUGCAGGAUUUUGACAAAGACAGAGCCUGGAAAGCAGUUGUGGUCCAAAUGGCCCAAUGA